CGCGAACAGGUCUUUCUCCCACUAGGCUGCAUAGCGGAGCGAAUCUUCGGCAUCGAAAGUGAAGAAGAGGAUCGGGUAGAGAGGGGAAAAAAUGGCCUUCAAGCUUCUUUGGAUCCAUGCUGGACACUGCCACCUCCCUCUGCCGCUGCACCUGAUCGUUGCUUGCCUUCUCCUUCUCCUCCUCCUGCUGCCGCUGCCGCUCUCCCGCUCGGCGUCGUCGACGGUGGUCACCCACCUGCCGGGAUUCGAUGGCCCUCUGCCCUUCUACAUGGAGACCGGGUACGUGGGCGUGGAGGAGGAGACCGGGACGGAGCUGUUCUACUACUUCGUCGAGUCGGAGCGGAGCCCGCGCACGGACGCUGUGAUCCUCUGGCUCUCCGGCGGGCCCCGGUGCUCGGCCUUCAACGGCCUCGUCUAUGAAAUAGGUCCUGUGCAGUUCGUUGUCAAACCUUAUGACGGCACAUUGCCGCAGUUGGUCUGUAGUCCGAAUUCUUGGACACAGAUGGCAAGCAUUCUCUUCGUGGACUCGCCUGUUGGUUCCGGUUUUUCAUACGCGCCCGAUCCAAAAGGUUAUGAUAUUGGAGAUAUCUCAUCGUCUAUGCAAGUCGUGACAUUUCUGAGAAAGUGGUUUGACGAUCACCCACGAUAUCUUUUAAAUCCUUUCUACAUUGGUGGAGAUUCCUAUGCUGGAAAGGUGGUUCCUCUUAUUGCGCAAUACAUUUCCGAAGGAACUGAAGGAAUGCAACAUCCACUUAUUAAUCUCAAGGGUUAUCUGGUUGGCAACCCAUUGACAGGAGACAAAAUUGAUGACAAUUCUAGAAUUCCUUACGCUCAUUCAUUUGGAAUAAUAUCGAAUCAGUUGUACGAGGCUGCCGUGAAAAACUGUAAAGGAGAUUACGCGUCCCCGACGAACAAACUCUGUGCUGACGUGGUGCGAACUAUUAACAAUCUCACGUCAGAAGUUUCUAGUUCAAACAUAUUGGGAGCAAUAUGCCCUGGUGAUGAUAUAAGAAGAAAGUCUCGACCAGAGGAGCACUAUUGGCUGGGUGACCCGCCUGAGGAACCUCCUUUUAGUUGUUUUACAUACCGCCUUUACCUGUCUUACUUUUGGGCAAACAACAAUGCCACUCAAGCUGCUCUUGGGAUCAAGGAGGGAACGGUGACAGAAUGGAUCAGGUGCAAACGUUAUGCAGAUCUUCCUUACGCGUUUGAUCUUCCAAGCAGCAUAAAAUACCAUUUCAACCUUACCUCCAGGGGUUACCGCGCUCUUGUAUACAGUGGAGACCAUGAUCUUAUCAUACCAUUUUCUGGCACACAUGCAUGGAUAAGAUCCUUCAACUUGUCCAUAGUUGAUGAUUGGAGGGCGUGGCACCUUGAUGGCCAGGCUGCAGGAUUCACGAUCACGUACACCAACAACCUGACCUUCGCGACAAUAAAGGGUGGUUGGCAUGCUGCUCCAGAAAACCGGCCUGAACAAUGCUUUGCUAUGGCUAAAAGGUGGCUGGACAAUAUGCCCCUCUGAUGUGCCUCACUCAGAACGUGGAUCGUGGAAUUCGAGUUCAGAACGCAAGAGAUUAUAUAUAUAUAUAUAUAUAUAUA